UCGCAGAUCAAUUUCUUUUGAGGACGAUUUUAUGAAACAUCAAAUGCAAACAGAUAUCCGAUCAUAAUGGUAUCUCGACAACGGUCGUUCUUUAUUCGAGACAUCCUAGGUGGACAAGAAAGUGACUUAAAUGCAUCAGGUGAACAUAGACAAAUGACCCCGUGCUCCGGCAUGCCAAGUGCAGAAGGAGUUGGUCCUGCAGACCAAUCGGAAAUAUCAUCCACAACAAAUGGCGACUCUUCAAGUGAUCCAGUUACCCAGAGUCGCUAUUCAGCGCUGCCAUCUACCGAGCAGUCAAAGAAUGAAUCUAGAGUGAAUGCAUUAAGCAACAUUCCUAGUUCUGUCCAUUCGUCUCAAAGCACAGCCUCUCCUGUAAUUACAAAGAGUGAAAGUAAAAUUGAUGGAAAAAAUAAAAAGCCAAGAAGACGUCGAACGGCUUUCACGCAGUCGCAGUUGGCUUUCUUAGAGCGGAAAUUCAGGUGUCAAAAAUACCUUAGUGUGACAGACAGAAGUAAUGUAGCAGAAGCUCUAAACCUGACAGAAACACAAGUGAAGACCUGGUACCAGAAUCGAAGGACGAAGUGGAAAAGACAACACAACGUGAAACUUGACCAUCUGCGACAGCAUUCUACGUCAGAAACCGACCUGCCACCUAGUAUCGCUGCGGAUCCCCAUUCCUUUCAGGCGGCAUACUAUAACACGUGUAUUUUUCCACUUUCUGAUUCACCGGGAGCUAGCGCGUGUAUAUUCCCUCCGGAACUUGUUAGAAACUUUUAUUUGCAGAGUUUUUAA